AUGGACAUUGAUGGUCCAGAAUUUAUUAGUCAAGUGAAUGAACAAAUUGCAAGCUUACGUUUACUUGACAGAAAGGAUAUUGUGGAUGUCACCAUGUUUGACAUUACUCAUGAUUAUGUAAAGACAACACAUGACCUUCAUCUAUUCAAUCAAAGCUUAUCAAUAUCAGAUAUCAAUCAUUUUGCUCAAAUUGCAAUUGUUGAUACAAACUUUCUUAUUUCAAACUUGAAAUCUCUUCAGACUCUAUUAAAUUUGGCAGAAGAAAAUAUCGGAAGCUUGCUUAUAUUGAUACCCUGGGUUGUCAUAAGAGAAUUAGACAGUUUAAAGACAUGUAAUAGGAAAGAAGAAGUAGCUAUUUUGUCAAGGAAGGCGAUGAAAUUUAUUGAGAGUCAACUACGAAGUCAAGUCAAAUCAAUAAGAGGCCAGAGAUUACACGAAACUUUAGAUCAGAGUAACAUGCAGAAUGAUAAACUUAAAGGAGACGAUAGGAUAUUGGACUGUUGCAUGUACUUUCAAUUAACUACACAUAAGCCUAUAGUGUUAUUAUCCAACGAUAGAAACCUUUGUAUCAAAGUCAUGGUUCAUGGCAUAGAGUCAAUUUCAACAGAGACAAAGGAUAGAAUGAACGCGUUCUUUAAAAAGAUGGGCGUAUCUCAAAGACAGAUAGCCGAACCUGAAAAGUACACUGUUGAGGAAUCUUAUGAUAUGGAUAUAGAUGACGAUAAUGAUUAUACCCAGUACCAAGGCCAUUCAAUGGCAAUCGAUAACGUCCCACAUAUCCAAAAAUCCUCUUCUUCUGGUAGUAAAUGGGCGCAUGAGACUCUAAUUGCUCCCCGAAGGCCGACGCCUCCCCCUCUUCCUGAUCUAGCACCUCCUGCUAAUGCAUCAGAUCGUUCCACUUGGGCCUCCAUACAUGCUCCAAGGCGCAAAUACAAUUAG